CACAGCUGAUUUACUUAGUGCAGUAGAAUUGAAUUAGAGGAAAAGAUAUAUAUACUAAUAAAUACAGUAAUUAAAUUUAGAGAUAUCAAACUAUUGUUAUAAAUAAAAAUAAUAAAAUAUCAAAAUAAAAAUGGCAACAUUAGAAGAUAAAUUAAUGGGAGAAAAGCUGGAGUACUAUUGCAGCAGUAGUGAAGGUGAAGACAAUGGUGAUGAUGGUGAAAGAAAAGAAACGCGUUCUAGUGGUAGUAAACAAGAGACCGCAGCCUAUAUCGAUUCUGAUGUCUGUCCACCUCCGCCAGGAGAAGGUUAUCGUUCGCAAGUUUGCACUAAUACUGGACCUAAAGGUGUAGUACAAGAUUGGCAACGCUUUAAACAACUACAAGCAGAGAAAAGAGAGGAAUCGGAACGUCAGCGCAUAGAAUUGGCUAAAAAAUUAUCCAUGACAACGGCCACUGCCAAGGAAGAGGAGGAGCGUAAGCGUCAAGAAGAGAUUGAUGCUGAAUUGAGUGAACUCAUGAGUGAAGAUUUCUUGCAACAAUAUCAAAAGCAACGUAUGGCCGAAAUGCUAAGACAGUGCGGUCAUAUACAACAAUUUGGUAAAGUUAUAAAUUUAACUAUGCACGAUGAAUUUUUAGACUUUGUGGAAAAAGAAAAUAAACAUACUACCGUUAUAAUCCAUAUUUACGAUAAAAGCAUAAGCGCUUGCUCGACUUUGAAUAAUUGCCUUGAGACAUUAGCAACGGAAUAUCCGUCCAUAAAAUUUGGAAAAAUAUGUAGUUCUGUUGCUGGCAUGAGUCGAGAUUUUCGUGCAAAGGGCUUACCCGCUCUUCUUGUGUAUAAGGCUCAAGCAUUAAUUGGUAACUUUGUACGCGUUACAGAUGACUUAUCUGACGAUUUCUUUCCAUCAGAUGUGGAAAGCUUUCUAAUAGAAAAUGGAAUAAUUGUUGACAAGGCAUUGUAUAACUAAAAAACAUUUUUUUUAAAUAACUAAUUAGAGUCUAUAUAAUUAGAGAAGAUUGAAAUCAAUAUAAAUAUUGGCUUCGCAAAAUGUAAUACUUUUUUUUACUAAGUAAUACAUUUUGUGCGAUCUAGAUCUAAAUCAAAAUAAAUUAAGCCUACAAUGUGUUCCUUUCAAAUUUGUACUAAAAAUUUAAAAACAGGAGUAAUAAAGUUUGAAAUACAAAUCAUUUGCUUAGGUAUACUUCAGUGUUUACAUUAACGACCACUAAGCGAGCAUAAGAUUAUUUGCUCGAAUUAGGUACUUAAGGAUAUUUAAGUAUUCUACUUUAAGCAUUUCUAAUGAGAAUUUAUGUAAAAGAUACUGAUAAUCAUUGUAAAUAUGCGCAUGAAAAAUAAAGCAAUAAAUUACUAUAUUGUAAAUUGUUGGGUA